AUGACCUCGACACCUUUACAGGUCCAUUCACACUUCAACGCCGAAGAGGCAGCAAUAGCAGCGUCUGAAUUUGUACACAGCCUGGACAAUCUGCCCGGCGAAGUGGCGUUUCUGCUGGCCGAAAUCAGGGACAAGGACGAGCGCAUCUCCCAACUCGUCAACCGCACUAACCAGCGACAUUAUGGCCUGACAAAGAGCAUCAAGAACAUGAACGCCAGUACGGCUCCGGCGGCCGCCAACUUUGCGCUCCCGAUUCCUGUGGGCACCCCAAUCCCCACGGCCCACUUGACAACGAAAGACGCGCAGAACAUUGCCAAGAUCCAGGGCGAAUGGGCCAAGAUCCAGCAGCUGCAGGACGACAAGGUGAAGCUUGCAGAACGGUUGGAGCGGAUCGUGUCCCGCGCCCGCGAACGGGGCCGUGCCGAGUGGCGCCGCGUGGGCGGGAUGGACGUCGAUGAGGAAGAGCUUGAAGUCCGUUUCGCAACUCCCGAGGCGAUACCCAAGCGCACGAAGAAGGGGACGCCAUUGGCACAAAUUGGCGGUCACCACAGCGGCUCCAACUCGCCCCGGCAGGGCAGUAUGCCUCCGCCUCCAGUACCUCGGAGCGGUGCGGGGAGUCGUGCUGGCUCGCGUGGACGUGGUCGCGGUCACAGUCUUGCCAUGAGCGUCGAGCCUGAACCCGAGCCCGAGCCCGAGGUCGAGAUGGAGGUGGAUAUCAUCGACGGAACCGAGGUCGAGGCCGACGACCAGCUGUACUGCUUCUGCCAGCAGAAGAGCUUUGGCGAGAUGAUCGGCUGCGACAACGACAAGUGCAAGUACGAAUGGACGUGGUAUUGCCCUGAGUGCGUCAAGAUGCUCGGGCUCAUGUCCAGCGACGGCAAGCGGGAACGCAAAGGGCGCAAGAAGUAG